AUGUCAGAAAAACUCUACGUCACCUCCACCAACGCCCACAAAUUCAUCCACUCCAUCCUCACCGGCAAUGGCGUCCCCUCGGACCACGCCAGCAUAAUCAGCGAUUGUCUCGUGCAAGCCGACCUACGAGGCGUAGACACCCACGGCACGAACCGCAUUCCAUCAUACAUGGAGCGGAUCCGUCAGGGGGUAUUAGUCGCGGGGAUCACUCCGGCACUGACGCAGAUCACGCCUGUGGUGGCACAAGUCGACGGACGAAACGGUUUCGGGUUUGUCGCGGCACAGACGGGCAUGGCGCGAGCGAUUGAGAUGGCGCGGGAAUUCGGCAUCGGGUUCGUAUCAGUCAAGCACUCGAAUCAUUUCGGGAUGUCGGCCUGGGUAGUGCAGCAGGCGUUGGACGCGGGGAUGAUGAGUCUGGUAUUUACGAACUCGUCGCCGGCUUUGCCUGUGUGGGGUGGAAGGGAGAAAUUAAUGGGGGUGUCGCCGCUGGCGUGUGGUGCGCCGGCGGGCAAACAGAGACCGUUUAUCUUGGAUAUGGCGCCGUCGAUCGCAGCUAGGGGGAAAAUCUAUAAGGCUGCGAGACGCGGCGAGAAGAUUCCAGCGGAUUGGGCGCUGGAUGGAGAGGGAAACCCGACAGAGGACCCGAAUCGGGCGUUGGAUGGCGUCAUGUUGCCCAUGGGGGGACCCAAGGGGUCGGCGUUGGCGGUCAUGAUGGAUGUGUUUUCGGGUGUGUUGUCCGGGUCAGCAUUUGCAGGCCAUGUCACGAAUCCGUAUGAUCCGUCCAAACCGGCGGAUGUGGGCCAUUUUCUGGUGGCUAUUAAACCGGAUUUGUUCAUGGGGCUGGAGGAGUUCAAGGAGCGGAUGGAUUAUCUGUAUCAGAGAGUCGUACGGUCGGAGAAGAUGGCUGGGGUGGAUCGCAUUUACUAUCCAGGGGAGAUUGAGCAGAUCACUCACGAGGAAAGGCUCAAGACGGGAAUUCCAUAUGUUCAGGCUGAGGUGGAUGCGCUGAAUCGUGAGGCGGAUAAAGUGGGUGCAGAGCAUAUUGUGAUCUCGUGUCCGUGA